AUGGAGAUUCAGGAGGGUCUGGCUGCAGCCCAAAUCUCUACAUUUACUGAAACUUUGGAGAAAACACAUAGACUUGAGAGCGCAAGGAUGCAAGUUAGGGACUUUCACUCUAAGAAGAGAAAUAUUUCUAGUUAUACUUCUGGUCAGGCUAGUAAGAGUGCCCCGCCUUCCAAGAUGGGAAGAAGAACGGGAGGAGGGAGAACCGUUCGAGAUUCAAGGGGAGUUUUAUCCAGAGGAGGUCGUAGUGGGCCGGUUCAAGCGCGGGGAGUGCCUUCUAGUAGUCUGGCGGUAACCCCUCAAGUCAACUGUGGUUACUGUAGCAAACCAAAUCAUUCGGAGAAUGAUUGUUGGAGAAAGUUGGGAAAGUGUUUGUUCUGUGGUAGUGUCGAGCACCAACUCGCGAGUUGUCCGACGGCGCCAAGAGUAGGAGGUAGUAGUCAAAGGCCAGAAAAGUUAAUUUCUAAGCAGACUAGUAUUGGAGAAAGUCGACCAAUGGUACCUGCUAGGAUUUAUGCAUUGGACUACCAACAGAUCCCCGAUGCUACUGAGGUGGUUGAAGAUACGAUCCCUAUUUUUUACCGUUUAGUUAAGAUUUUAAUUGAUCCGGGUGCAACACAUUCUUUAGUAUACCCCAAUUUCAUGAGUGGUAUAGAUCUGAAACCAAUUAAAUUACCUUAUGAUUUGGAGGUUAAAAUGCCUAUUGGGGAUCAAAAUUUAAUCGCUAAUUUGGUUUAUAGACAUUGUGAGAUCUAA